AGGGGAAAGACACACAGGGUGGAGGUGUGCGAGAUCCAGCUCGUAUUCAUUCUUCACUGAUUUCUCAUCCAACGACAUGGACGUAUCAAACAGAAGAGUUGUCAUCAUGGGACUCACUGGAGUUGGGAAAAGCAGCCUGGCUAACACCAUACUUGGAGAGCAACUCUUCAAGAUCGGCCACAGUUUCAGCUCUGAAACAAGUGGCUGUCAAGCAGAAACCAAAUCUGUCAAUGGAAGAAGCAUCACUUUGAUCGACACCCCUGGCUUCUUUCACUCAGACAGGUCCGAGGAGGAGCUGAAGCCUGAGAUAGUGAGGUGCAUCACAGAGUGCGCUCCUGGGCCUCAUGCUUUUCUCAUUGUGCUUAAAGUGGAGAAAUUCACCGCUGAGCAGGAGCAGGCUGUCAUCGACAAAAUAAACCAAUACUUCUCUGAAGAAGCCUUCAAAUAUGCAACAGUUGUCUUCACUCAUGGCGACCAGCUCCCUGAAGGACAGACAAUCGAGGAUUUUGUCCAGCAGAAUAAGUUCACGAGUGACCUGGUGAAGAAGUGUGGCAGCCGGUGCCACGUCAUUGAUAACAAAUACUGGAAUAGAAACUCUGAGGAUGAAUACAGGAGCAACCAGGUCCAGGUGGAGAAGUUACUUAAGUCAAUAGACGAGGUGGUGGUUGAAAACAGAGGAGGCUGCUACACCAAUGAGAUGCUCCAAGCAGUGGAGGAAAUGAGAAAACAAGAGGAGGAGCGCAUUCGACGGUCAUCAGGAAACAUGUCAGAGGAAAGGAUCAAAAAGGAGGCUCAACAAAAUGCAUCCACAAAGCUGUCAGUCAGAUUAGCAGGUUUUGGAGCAGGUGCUUUGUUGGGAGCUUUUUUUGGCGUAGUAGUGAUGGUUGGCCUGGUUGUCACAGCUUUAAGGUCUAUUAGAGACUUUCAAGAUUUGGCCAGAACUGCUGCAACUGCUGCAGCAGCAUUUGGAGCAGAAGCAGGAGGAGCAGCUGCAGGAGCAGCAGCAGGAGGAGCAGCAGCAGCAGGAGGAACGGCAGCAGGAGGAGCAGCAGCAGGAGGAACGGCAGCAGGAGCUGCUGGAUUAUCAGUAACCACAGCUAUAGGGGCAUCUGCUGCAGUGGGAGGGGUGAUAGGAGGCGUUGCAGGAUAUUAUGCAGCUGAGGGAGCAGACACACCAUUGGAGGGAGCAAAGAGGGCAGCAGAGGCUGUGAAGAAUGGAGCCCUGAGUGUCUUACGUGAAGCAAAUGAGGUUUUGAAUAGUUGGGGCAAAUACUAAAAUGAAAACCUGUAAUGAGCCCAGCCUCUUGAAGAAGGAAGAGAAAACGUGUCUGUAAAAAGUUCUAUCUUCCUGCACAUUGCAUGGAAAUCUUAUUCUUACAAUCUUCAUUUCUAUCCUCCAUUAAAACACAGCACACAGCUUCCUGUUGUAAAAGCUUACCAGAAAAUAUCACUGAAUGUAUGUACAACAUUAUUUAGUCUGACAGGCUUCUGAUGCUCCUGCUGAGUUCAGUUCUUUAUGAAUUACAAUGAACCCUUGAGCGAGUUAAGUUUUGCUUGGUGAGGUGAUCAGUUUAUGACCGGUGCAUUUGGGAUAUUUAAAACAAUUUCAUAACAGGAGUACAAAAAUGUUAUUCAAAGAUUAUAGUUAAGAGUGAAAUAAGAGGGCCAUGCUAGCUGCUCUGUGAGGCUGCACAGCUAAUGUCAUCCUCUUCCUGGCAAUGUCACUGCUAACAUGCAGAUGUUUAGUACGUAUAAUGUUAAUCAUCAUGGUAGAACAUGUUAGCAUUGGAUAAUCAGAGCAAAACACAAAGUACACUUAAGGCUGAUAUCAUUGGUUUGAUGUCAUUACUUCUGCGGGUAUUGGACAAUUUUGAAUUUUGAACUGAUGAUGUAGCAGUAGCAUUAUCGUCUGGGGAUGUCUCAUUGCUUGUUUUUUAACAUUUCAUCAAGCAGAUGUUGAGAUUUUUCAUAGCAGAGGUUAAAACGUUGACCUGCUGGUGGCACUACAUGUAAAGUCAGGGAAUCGCCAAAGUCACUCGCAUUCAGUCUUCAUUAAUUCAAUGAAUAAUUGUCAAGCUAUUUAACAAAGAGCACAAAUCUCAACAUCAUAGCGGUGCUGGACACAAAAGUGAUGGGAUCACCCAAGUCCGUAAGAUUCAUCCUCUGUGCAGCACGAAUGUCUGUACAAAAUUUGCUGUUUGCAAGAGCAACCACAUCCAGGUGGAGGUGCCAACGAACAAGAUGGUGACGAAGAACAGAGGAAUAAAACAAGAGGAACACAUUAGGCAGUCAUCAGCAAAUAUGUUUAAAGAAGCAUUUGAUCGAAUGUACAGGUGAUGCAAAAGAUGCAAUGUCAAGCAAAGUUGCAGAGGUAGCUGCUGCCGGUGAUAGGAGCUAUGUUAAAGCUGAGGGAGCAGACGCACCACAGGAGGCAGUAACGACGGCAGCAGAGGCAGAAAACCAUGGAGCCUAACCUGGAUUAGAUGAACCAAACUAUGUUUUGGACUGACCAUGAAGUUUAAAUUAAAGGUUGCUCUAAACAGUAUUUAAUCAUUGAGCUGACUUUGUCUAUUCAAAUGUAAUAUCUAAUAGGUACUUAUGUGUGUUUUAUUUGGUGUACUCAGUGAUAAAUACAAAUAAAGGGGAUUUUCCAAGGAA